AUGCACGUAUCCACCACUGCCAGCCUUCCUGAUCCUUUAGCGACAGUGGUACUAGACCCUUGGUCAAAGAAAGAUGCACCGCAGUCUCCCGGCGGCUCCCUACAUCAAUGGUCCUCACUUAUUGGCAUCAUCACAGCCAUCGUGGGCAACCUUCUCAUCUCCUUUGCGCUGAACACUCAGAGAUAUGCCCACAUCCUGAUAGACCGCGAGUACUCCCAGUCUCGCAAGUCCUCGGCGAGUGGCCACUCUGCCCUGAAGCGUAAUGGUGGUUACGGCACAUCGCAAGAGGAGGAGAUAGCAGAGGAGCAGAGAAAGAAGAACUUGGAGAUAUCCGGGUUCCAGAAGAUUGUCGACGAGGAGGCAGGCGAUUUACUACAUCAGUCUUCAGAUGGGUCUCUCCAACCAACUUUCGAGUCGCAAAAGCAGGUCAACAGCCAAGAGAAGGAUUCAGAUGAUGACUCUGGGAGGGCUUCAUAUCUCAAAUCGCCGUAUUGGUGGUUAGGCUUGGUCUUGAUGAUUGUUGGCGAAGCAGGCAACUUUCUUGCCUAUGGAUUCGCACCUGCCUCGAUCGUCAGCCCGUUGGGCGUUGUUGCGCUCAUCUCCAAUUGCUUGAUCGCCCCUCUAAUGCUCAAAGAACGAUUCCGCAAGCGAGAUCUAUGUGGCGUCCUGGUUGCAAUCGCUGGUGCUGUCGUUGUCGUCUUAUCCGCCAAGAACACCGAGACGAAGUUCGGGCCUGGGGAACUAUGGAAGACCAUAAAGAGAUGGGAAUUCCUGCUCUACGUGAUCGUCACAGCUGUCUUUAUCGUGGGGUUGAUGUAUGCGGAGCCACGAUACGGUCGCAAAACCAUCCUUGUCGACCUUGGUCUCGUGGCUCUGUUUGGCGCUUACACGGCUCUUUCCACAAAAGGAGUGUCAUCCCUCCUCUCCGCAUCUCUAUACAAGGCCUUCACAUUUUCCAUUUUCUACUUUCUGGUCCUGAUCCUUGUCGGAUCGGCACUAAUGCAGAUUCGAUAUCUGAACAGAGCCUUGCAAGCUUACGACUCUACCCAGGUUAUACCCACACAAUUUGUACUAUUCACCCUCUCUGUCAUCAUUGGAUCGGCUGUACUGUACAGAGACUUUGAGCAUACCACAGUGGACCAGGCUGUGAAGUUCGUCAUUGGCUGCCUGUUGACUUUCUUUGGAGUGUAUCUGAUCACAAGUCAGCGCCACGAGCUUGGGGAAGUCGAAGACGCAGGCGGGGGCGAGGUGGAGAGCAUCCGUCUUCUGGACGAGGAAACACACGGCAUCGACGAGCGCACGCCGUUGACGCGGGACCCUGCGCAGCUGGCAGCUGCAGCGGUCGGUCAACAGCCCGGACUCUACGACGGAGACGAAGAACAAGCCGGUCCAGUGACACCACGACGACGGUCGGUAGAAUCGUCGGAGGUUCCCUCGAUCUCAGUCACACCCGCCGAGUCAUCCGAAACCUUCAUCCGAAAUCCUUGGAUCUCUUCGACCGAUGAGAUGGAUGCGACACCACCUCGGACACCUCAACACAAGAAUCUUCAACUCAAUGCCACGCCCUUCUUUACUCCUGCGACGUCAAAUCCUCUUCAACGCACAUCUUCGUCACCCGCUGACCCGCAGACACCCACGAAGUUACCAGUCUCUCCUCGUCCACCCUCGCCCGAUCGCUCUGCACUCCCAACACCAGACGAUCCGUCGCCUACCCCCACCUUUCUUCCUCGGUCCGCUCGCGGAAGCAUUUCUCGUCUCAUUCCGAUCCCCGGUCCUCUCUUAGCACCCCUAUCCAACUCCCUAAGUGCUUUAGUCGCAGAUUCCAUCAUGAAGGGUGAAGGCGCACCACGGUCUGUACGGGCCGCCCUUCGCCGCUCCCGUUCAGGAAGGCACUCCACCGACGACCGGCGCCGGACCGUAGCUGUUACUGAAGAUGUCGACGGAGAUGAUCCACUCGCCGCCCUUCGUGGGGUCUGGACGGACCGGAAUCGGAGUACAGAGAGCGCACAGGACCUGAGCAGAUCGCGGACGCAGGAAACAAUCCCGAGAACGGUGCGUGAAGACGACCAGGAAGACACGGCCAAGGACAUGGGCAAGAGAAAGACGAGGUUGAGGGCCCUUAGUGAGACAUUGUCGGGAAUGAUGGGUCAUGGGCGACGAACGCAAAGCCAUGGGAAAGACCGAGACGACGGUCAGGACCAUGCAGAUGGUCCACAAAAUGAUAGCAGGACGGAGCACCCAUCCCAGUUCUGA